CCCGCAGCCCGCGAGCGGCCCACGGCCCAGCCAUGCUCUCACAGCCACGGUGCCACCUCCCCGGGCUCCGCCGGAAACACCGGCCACAGCCGCGCGGUUCCACCGCUGCUCCGCGCGCGGCCGCCGGGCGGCAGGAGCUGCCUGGGUCGCGGCUGUCGCCGCCACCUUCAGCAGCCCCGCCACAACUCAGAGCCACAGAAUGUAUUCUCCGUUGGAAGGGAGCCGCAGCGAUCGUCGGACGAUCUCAUCCUGAUCCUGAUGUGUCUGGAAUCUCCAUUGAAACAGAUAACAAAAAUGUAAAAGCAGAGGAGUUUAAGGAGGCUAUUCUUAGUUGCAAACACAAAUUUUCAAAAGGGAUGAGUUUAAGAAUAGAGUGGAAGAAAAUCCAACCUCAAGGAGUCUCAUUUGUCUACUACAAUAGUGAAUUUACAGGUGAUCUUCGAGGCCGAGCAGAGAUGCUGAAUACUGGAAUCCGAAUUAGGAAUGUGACCAGAAGGGACUCUGGGACCUACCGCUGUGAAAUCAGUGCCAAGAGUGAAGAGGGGCAACGCCUGGGAGAGGCUACUAUUACUCUCACAGUACUGGUUGCUCCGACCACUCCAGUGUGUGAGGUACCCAGCUCCGCAAUGACAGGAACGGUCGUGCAGAUGAGUUGUAAGGAAACUGAGGGCUCCCCUCCGUCUGAAUACCAGUGGUACAAGAAUGGUGUUGCCUUGCUGGAGAAGACAGGAACAGGCAGUGCUAGAGCAGCAAACAUAACUUACACCAUGAAUAAAAAGUCUGGCACUCUGCUGUUUAAUACAGUUACAAAGAAUGACACUGGAGAGUAUUUCUGUGAAGCCUCUAAUGGGAUUGGAUUAUCUCAGAAAUGCUCAGUGAAGCGAAUGCAAGUUGAUGACCUUAAUGUAAGCGGUAUCAUUGUGGCUGUAGUAUUAGUGGCUCUGGUGAUGGUGCUGUGUGGCCUUGGAGUAUUCUACGCCCAAAAAAAGGGUUACUUUGCAAAGGAAAGUUCUUCCCAAAAGAAGACGAACUAUCAAUCUACAAGUGAAAAGGAUUUCAAGCAUACCAAGUCCUUUGUUAUUUAGAAGAUUUCAGCCUCUGUGAGGGACAUCAAAUUACUACUUGUUAUACAAAAGUAUCCAUGUCCUGGUUUCAGCUGGGAUAAUUCUCUUCAUAGUAGCUGUGUUUUGGAUUUAAUAUGAGAAUAAAGUUGAUAACACCCUGAUGUUUUAGUUGCUGCUGAGUAGUGCUUACUCCAAGUCAAGGAGUCCUCAGAUUCCCAUGGUCUUCCCGUGAGGAGGUGCAAAAGAAGCAGGGACAGAGCAUGGCUGGGACAGCUCAUCUGAGUUGUCCAAAGGGAUACACACAGAAUCACAGAAUAAGCUGAGUUGGAAGGGACCCAUCAGGAUCAUGAAGUCCAACUCCUGGCCCUGCACAGGAUACCCCAAGAAUCACACCAUGUGCCUGUCACAUUGUCCAAACACUUCUGAACUCAAACAGGCUUGGUGCUUGGUGACCACCUCCACGCCAGAACAUCAUGCCCAGUAUUUAAACUGGGGAAGUUGUCCUGGAGGAGCCAACUGCUGCUGUGGGACAGGCUGGUCAUCAGUCAGUGGGUGGUGAGAAACUGUUGUGCAUCACUUGCCUUUCUUGGGCUUUACUCAUCUCUCUCCUUUUCACUACAAUUCAUAUUGUUGUUGUUAUUAAUAUCAUUAGUAUUAUUAGUAUCUUAUUUUACUUUGUUUCAAUUAUUAAACUGUUCUCUCAACCCACCAGCUUUUUUCCUAGUUCUCCCACAGGGCUGGGGUGGGGACAGUGAGCAAGCAGCCACAUGGGAGUGAGCUACUGGCAGUUCUUUUUGGCACUCAACAUCAAAAGGUUGAAAUAAAAACAAAAAAGAUCUGACUAGAGCAUGUUAAAACAAGUUUGCUAUAAGCCUUCAUUGUAUUUGGUUUAAUAGUUGCUGGUCACCAUAUUGAUUCAUUUGCUCUAGGCCUAGGCUAAGGUUAUCACUGUGUUGUUCUGUGUUGUACUGGCUUGUGAUAUGAUAGAAUGGCUGGUCAUGAGCCUGUCCGGUGUGUGUCCCCCACUGCCCUUUGGGAGCCAUCUGGUGGAAACUACCCACAGUUACAUCUACUGCCUUUUACCCUCAGAGAGCAAACCCAUGGGAAAAACACCUUCCUUCCCCUCCAGGAUGAUUACAAUAGCAUUUCAGAAUUUUAAAGACUUUGCAUAUCCUGUGACUACCCUUGAAACCAACCUGGUCCUUUUGGUAGCAAUCAGUAUGUUGUUACAUAUGGUUCAGGCCUUCUUUAGGGUUAAGAAACUCUCUGUGGCUACCAAAACCCCAACAUAUACUGUAGCUACACAAACUUCAGUAACAGGCCAACAAGAGGCAACCACUCAAUCCUUAUUCCUGAGUGAGCUGCAGGAUAUAUAUAAAUAUUUCAGCUGUUGUCCUGAUGAGCAUACUACCACCUAGCUGUUCCGAUGCUGGGAUAACAGGACUAACAGAUUGGAAUUUAGAGGGUAGGAAUCACUUUCUAAGAAAACAUGCAUUUACAAGGUGAUUGCAAGAGAGACACAAGUUCCCAGCCUCUGGAAGCAACUCCUGUCAAGCCUGAAGGAAAGGUAUCCUUACAAGAAUGAUGUUACAUGUCACCAUACAAGUGGAAAGAUAGCCAAUAUUUGAGGGAAUUAGCCAUGCUAGAGAUUUAUUUUGAUCUGGACAAUACAAGGUUCCCACAGAUCCAGACCAAUUCCUCUGCAUGUGACCCAUGUGGUGGAAGUUUGCAGGUGUACCAAGAGUACACACCAACCCACUAACAACAUUAAUCUAAAAAGACAUCACACCACCAUCUGUGGAUACAGCGGCUUGCCAUCUCUGGGAAUGUGAAGACAAUCUCUCUUCCUCUCUCAUCUGUGAAGAAACUAUCAGAUAAACUGUCCCAGGAGUUUCAGCAGUUCAAAGAGGUUAUGUUCUUUUCCCCACCUCUACCGACCCAUGAUAAUGACAGCAAGCGUUGGCUCAAGAAGGAGGAUAUGGAAGGUACAUGCUACGGGGCACCCUGUGGGUUUAGCUGGAGACCACAGAGAAGGCAUGAAGAAUUGGGAUGGGAGACCUACCUUGACCCUAGAGACAUGAAUUGUAAGGAAAACAAUCCCAAAUACGGGUUCUUUCAGGAAAGCUGCUACUCCCGUCUCCAGUGGAUGGUUUCCCAGGCAGAGUGGAAGGGCUGAACUUACCCCUGAUCCUAUGGAAAGGAAUUCUAAUCCAUUUCUUCAAAAAGUAAGCUCUCUUAGAUGUGGGUUUUUUGAAAAUGCAUAUUCUGAACCAUGUAAGCCCUCUUUAUCAAGCAAUUCAGAAGAAUGAUUUCACAUGGGGCCCUGAGCAACACCAGGCUUUUGAACUGAAUGAACUAUAAAUACUUGGAAAACACUCACAGAUGCUUGGGCCAAGGAACAUGGGUGGGUAUAUUGUAUUAGGCACCAGCUGAGAAAACUACAUGACCCAUUGGACUGUUAGACUACACUGAGGGCAAUGGCCAGGAGCAACCUUCAAACAUUGGGAUGCACAUGUCUGAUGCUCUGCCAGUGAGAAGGUGCUCAAGCCAUGAGGGAACAGGGCCAGGAGGACCCUGACCUGAACUGGGCAAAGGGAUCUAACAUCAUGCCCAGUAUCUAAACUGGGGGGAAGUUGGCUGGGAGGGGCCAUUUGCUGCUGGGGAACAGGCUGGGCAUCAGUGAGUGGUGAUUAGCACGUGUGCUCUACAUCACUUCAUGAGAAAAACUUCUCAGGUUUUCUCUCUCUCUUUUUCCCCUACUAUUACUUUGGUUCAAUUAUUUAAGUGCUUUAUCUCAACCCACAAAUUUUGUUUCUAAUUCCCUUCCCUACAGAAGGGGAAUGGGACAGGGAGUGAGCCAGAGGCUAUGGGAUGCUUAGUUGCCAGCUGGGGUUAAACCACAACAUCAAGGGAUCUUUUGACCUCUGCUCUGUAAAUACUGUUUCCAUGUCUUACAUGCUGAAAAUAGAAACUACCAAUAUUUAGUCAACCUAGCUGUGAUGGCAUUUAAAAAAAUAAAAACAACUCCCAAAUAAACUUUAAAGACAAAUUAACUUGUCUAUUCAAUUUA